CCUCCCCCAUCUGCCCUCAAGCCAGGCUUUGGACGCCAAAAUCUAAUUCGGUAACGGGGCGUCUGCCGUGAAAUCCAACAAUGGCAGCGAUACGGACAGAGACCCCCCUAAUCACCAGACCUCAGACCCCCAAACAGGUUGCUACGGUAACCUGGGCACGAUGACAUCACCCCCGAAAAUGAUGGGGUGUGUCUCCACGCCGACGGGGUACCAGAGAGCGGUUGUGCCUUCUCCCCCUCAGCAAUGAAACCUGGGAUUUUCGACAGCACUUGAAGGCAGCAUCAUCAACACGAUUCUCUUGCCAGCCAAUCAGAGCGGUGAUAUUUUUCAAGAUGACCAAUCAGCGACAGAUACGUCUUACGACGGCGUUAUUUGUCAACGGCCCGCCCCGACGCUGCUCAUUGAAGAAGAAGACGGACGGCAUCGGCGGCAUACCCUCCACCGAAGAGAUUCGAUCAUGUCUACCAAACUUUGCAAGCUGUUUGUCGGCGGAUUGAACGUUGAGACGACAGAAGAUGGCGUGCGCAAGUAUUUCGAACAGUUCGGCAUACUCAACGACUGCGUUGUGGUCAUGAACCAGCAGCUCGGCCGGUCCCGCUGUUUCGGCUUUAUCACCUACUCGACUCCGCAGGAGGCCGACGCAGCAAUGGCGGCUAACCCACAUGUCGUCGAAGGCCACGACGUGGAAUUGAAAAGGGCCAUAGCGCGAGAAGACGCGAACAACCCGGACAUCCUCGCGAACGUUAAGAAGAUUUUCGUCGGCGGCGUGAAAGACCACAUCGAGGCGGACCACCUCACCGAGUACUUCUCCCAGUUCGGCGUGGUGGAGAAGGCCGAGAUCAUCUCCGACAAGCAGACCGGCAGGAAGCGAGGCUUCGGCUUUGUCUUCUUCGAGGACACCGACUCCGCCACCAAAGCGGUGCUCACCAAGUACCACACCAUCAGCGGCAACAAGGUGGAGGUGAAGAAGGCCCUGACCAAGCAGGAGAUCUCCACCGGCGGCCGCGGAAGAAGCCGAGGCCGGGGGAUGCAGAGCUAUGGCGGCGGCAGAGGCAGCGGCGGCUACGGAGGUGGAGGCGGCGGCGGCUACGGCAGCAACUACGGAGGCGGCUACGGCGGUUACGGCGGGGGCUACAACGGCGGCGGCGGCGGAGGGUACGGUGGCUACGGGGGAUACGACGAGGGAGGAUACGACCAGCAGAUGGGCGGCGGGUACAGUAACGGUGACUUUGGGGAUGGCUACGGACAGCAGCACUCCAGCUACGGCGCAGUGAAGGGGGGCAACUAUUCCUACCGGAGCGGGGCUCCCUACAACAGAGGAGGCGGCGGCGGGGGCUACGUGCGGGGAGGCGGCGGUGGUGGAUUCAGCGGCGGCUAUUAAGCGCCUCCCCCACCAUCCCUACCCCCGUUUUUGUGUUCAUGGGGUACAUUCUGAUUUACAGCGAACUUGAAUUUACACACACACACACACACACACACACACACACACACACACACACACACACACCGGGUGAUGGGUCUUUGUUGAAUUCAGUCAAGGGAGCAGUGCCCAUCACCCACACAAAGAAUGAAACUGUCCUGGACCCCCCCCCCAACACACACCACCUCCCUGACCCGCCCCCCAUCGGCCCAGCACACAUAUGGACUUUACAACUAGGGUUUGGGAAUAGUUGAAUUGUACUUAUGUCUCGGCACGGGAGGGGCGGCUUUCUUUGAUCCAUUUGUAAAACCGUAAACUAUUUCAGUCACUGCUUCUCAAUUGAGUUUGUUUGUCUUGCAAACCAGCCAGAUGUGUUAUUUUUGCAUCAUGAACUCAGGGUUUUAAGUGAUGUUGUUGGCAGUGUCGGAGCACGUGACGCGAUCGCUUGAGUUUCUCCCAAACACUAUCGUGACAAAGUACCUUUUUGUUAAAUGUCACGAAUUGUUUUGUUAUCUGUAAAUUACAUUUUCCACCCGUCCCAUUACAUGCUUUUUGUUUAGAUUAAAACUGUUUUCAAAAUCCAUGUUUUCAGUUCACCCUUUAUGUUUUGAUUCUGCUUUUAUUAAAGUUUUUAAUGUUUUGAAACUCUAUUAAAUCUCCCAGUCUUGAUUCGAAUUGUGUGGCGUACGUUGAGCGUUUAAUGCGUUUUAAUCCUCAUUGAUAAUGCUGCCAGUAGGGGGCGCUAUUGAUCCACACCUGCGCGUUUGUUCGGCCAUUUUAUACCGACUCCCGGUAGAAGCCCCGUGCACCAAAUCUGAACUAAUGGGUUUAAUAGUGCAGAUGUUUGACUACUCGGUUGUUCUCUUUAAACAUUUCGAUGGGGGGGAUUAAAUCAUAAAUACGAGGGUUCCCUGUAGCAGACUGCAGGGGUCUCACUCUGACCCUAUUUCAGUGUACUGAAGAGUUUAAGGCAUCUUAAACUGGUUUUAAUUUGAGGAGAAAUGUAUAAUGAAAAGAUGUUUUGAAGCAAAUGUACAAUAAACUAAUUACAUGAA